AUGUGUUUCAACGACAAUCGUUGGACCAGAGCCGUAAGCGGGUGGAUACCACGCGACAUCAAAAGUACCGAUCCUAUGGACAGACCUUCAGACCGAGAAGAGAAGCCAGUGGGUGCAAAAAUGUAUCCUUCGAUGUUUGGGCUGUUAUGUGUGAUGCUGUUCGUGUCCGGCUUUCUACAAAUCCAGUCACUUCCAUCAACGUAUUUAUGCAAAGGUAGAAAGCGAGGAGAGAAUUGCUUUGUUAUGGUGAAUUUGCUACGGGGCCCACAUCAGUCGCCCAAUUGGAGCAUAUCAUCAUGGAAUCGAGCGUUGAAUCAGCAAAAAGCCUAUCAGCAAUUAUUCCAAGACUUCCGACGCCGAAAGAGAUCCGUGAAAUACGUGAGGUGGCAGCAGAAUCGGUUGUGA